AUGGCGUCUAUUGCGACCAGUCUCCUUGUUGUUGUUACCAUGUUGGUCUUAGCCGUGGCCGUAGCUUCAGAAUCCAACAUGCUUCAAGAUGUUUGUGUUGCUGAUUUGUCCAAUGCGGUCAAGGUCAACGGAUACACAUGCAAGGACUCAACACAAAUAACACCCGAACACUUCUACUUCCAAGGCUUAUCCUCCUUCGCAGCCACCUCAAACACCACCACCGGGGCCGUCGUAACCGGAGCCACCGUGGAGAAGCUACCAGGACUCAACACUCUAGGUCUCUCCAUCUCCCGCAUUGACUACGCACCAAACGGCCUAAACCCACCUCACAUUCACCCACGUGCCUCCGAGAUCAUCUUUGUCCUAGAAGGUCAGCUCUACGUAGGCUUUGUAACAACAGCUGGAAAACUCGUGGCUAAGUACAUUAACAAAGGAGAAGUCUUCGUUUUCCCUAAAGGACUUCUCCAUUUCCAGAAGAACAUUGCUAAGGCGGCUCCAGCUUCUGUAAUAGCAGCUUUUGAUAGCCAGUUGCCUGGAACACAGUCACUUCUGUCCUCUCUCUUUGGAGCUCUCCCUGAAGACAUUCUAGUUAAGUCAUUCCAAUUCAGACCCAAACAAGUUAAGAGGAUCAAGUUCAGAUACCAACCCAAGAAAUGA